CCUCUGUGAUAGCCUACGUACUAUACAUCUCUCAACAUAUUCUAUUCUACUUGUUGUCUUCCCGUGUUUCGUAACUAGACACCAGUUCAAUUUUAUUUUCUGGACCAGGUAGUCCACAGCUCAACAUCGAAUCCAGUUUUCUGUCGCUCCCGCAUAGUCAAACACCAUGAAGAACUUUGGCGCGAUCCUUUUCCUCUUGGCCUCUGCCGGCUCUUUCGUGACGGGCACGCCAGCAUUCAAAAGUGAGAGGCGAGCUGUUUCGGCUGAACCUGCCAGCAUUGCGGCUCGGGCACUGGAACUCGCACCCAGAGUUGUAGUCGGAACUAGGUCAAACAACACAGAAAAUGCGGCCAAGUUAUUAGCGAUCCCAAGGGGUAUGAAUUCUACGGAGAAUGUGGCCGGCUCUUUAGUAGUUACCCGCAGGAAUGGAAACUUCUCCGAAGCCGCAAACGAGAAACGGUCUUCUGGUCUUCACCUGCGACGAGGAAACCUUAGGAUGAGGUCCUCAUUGAACGAGACUGAUGUCUAGAGGGUCAGUCCGAGCGAAGAGGUCCGAUGAUUGGUGAACAAUUCCGUGGAAGGUUAAGAAUGCAGAGAGGAUAUCACCGAGUACGUCACUCGACUUGAACUGGGUUUCAGGAUAGAUAGAUUCUACCACAGGUUGGAAUAUAAUAGAUAUAGAUUUACACGUUGAGAUCGUCGGUGCUACUGGUGUGUCUUGGAACAUGGGCGCACAGAUGCGACCAAUGUCUAAAGUACAGUUGGAUUAUGUGUCGUAGGUAUGAUACAUCAAGUACAAGCCGUGAUGGAUAGUCCCAUGACGCAGGUGAGCUCAUAGAAUACUGCUCGUUGAUCUAAAUAUCGGCUGAAAUAACAAUUGUGUGAAUCGCAAGUUCAUGGUAGCAUGAGCAGCUAAUAUCGGCCAAAUCCCUAUCUUGCUGGCAAAGGGCAAUUUAGUUCUCGAGCCCAUUGAUAAUGUCAUAAUUAGCCUUGAUUCGAAUAUAUUAAGAGGCACUAUAUAAUAGUAGGGGUAUAAAUAGUACCGGCAGAUAACGACAUGCGGUAAGAAGGAU